AUGCUUAAACGUGAACACUAUCUGACCACUUCUCUCGCCAACAAACGCUAUUCCGUCCAUCCGCCAAUCUACGCGCUUGAUUUUUUUUUUCCAUUUCGAGUCUAUAUAAAGUCGUUCCAAAAAGCGUCUUCUGCCAACGCCACAUCCACCUUCAUGAACAGACAUUCCACCUCUCUCACUUUCUCUCUCUCUCUCUCUCACUCUCUCUCUCUCUCUCCUUCCAUUUUUCUAUCCUUUUGCUCUCGACUUGUCUUUCUACCAUACACGAUCUCUCUCUCUCAAUCGUUUUUAACUUAUAUUCUCUCUCUCACUCUCUCUUUCCCCUCCCUCCCUCUAUCUUUUAACUAUCAUAAAGCUUGGCAUAUCAGCGCGAAAGAGAAGAAAUCUUCUUUUUCUUCUUCAUUCGCAUUUGCUUAUAUUUUUUCUAACGUACGCUGUUUUUUUUUUUCUUUUUUCCUUCUCGCCUUUUCCUUUCUCUCUCUCUCUCUCUCUCUCUCUCUCUCUCUCUCUCUCAUCUUCUUUCUUUCUUUCCUUUUCUCAUAUUCUCUUUCACAUAUUUUUCAUUUUAUUAUCCUGGUCGAAGUCUGCUACAAAUUUGGAGUAUCUAAUAUGGAUCAAACUCACUUUCCCUAUCUAAGUCUGGUAGAAGGCCACAAGAAUGGAGCGCCCAUUAAGCAUCAAACCCAACCAUCCUUAUCUUUAUUUUCUUUUUGCCUUUCUGUUCCAUGUUUUUCCUUCAUUUUCUACAACCUUUUGUCUUUCUCUUUUAUCUUUCUUUUAUUUCUCCUUACCAUGCUGAAUUUUUUUUCUUUUCUUCUCUUUUCUUUUUGCAUCCUUUUUCUUGAUUACUCAUUCCCACAUUCGCUUCUGUCUUUCCUUUUUUUCUAUUUCUCGUUCCUCUUCUUUUUCGCUUUCUUUUUUAAUACUUGA